AUGUCCGAUAAAAUAUUCUUAAAAUCUAUAAAGGUUACUGGUGAAAAAGAUGGGUUUAUUGAUCUUUACGGGCAAGUUAUUAUACAACAUUUUAAUAACCAUAAAGAAAAAAUAGUGAUGAUAGAAUACAGUUUUAAUUCUUGGACCACCGGUAAUAACGUAAUUGCAAUACGAUCACACACUCAUUCUAAUAAUGAAGAAUUAUAUUAUUUUGAAAUUUCUGUCUUUAAAAUUCCUGACGCACUCUUAUACCUUGAAUUUCUUGCGCGAUUUGAUGUUGAAGGACAUACCUUUUGGGCUAAUAGCAGGUAUCAAUAUUUAUAUGAUGAGGGCUAUCCCAAAGAAUUCUUUUUUCAUGAUACUGUCAUUAAAAAUACCUCUCAGAAAAGUUCGUUAGAAAAAAAUAUGUUAAAACUGGAAGAAAAACGCAGACGAUUGGAAGAAGAACGUAGAUUGCUAGAAGAAGAACAUAAUCGAUAUGAGGAAGAAUGUAAACAUAGACAACAAGAGGAAGAACGAAAAAGAAUAGAGAAAGAACGUAGAUUGAUAGAGGAAGAACGCAAACUUCUAAAAGAAGAGCGAAAGCUCUUUGAAGAAGAACGCAAACAACAAGAUCCUAAACAAAUCAUCAGAAAGAAGGAAUGUUCUGGAUGCUUAAAGAAUCUCGAAAUUAAAGUCUUUUUGAAGAUUACAGACCAAUGUGGUCAUGAUGUUUCUAUGUGUCAUAAAUGUGUAGGAGAACAUAUUGAGCGCGAACUUAAUAAAGGAAAUAUCAAAAUAUUAUGUCCUGAAAAUAAUUGCCGUAAAGUAUUGAAUGAGGAAAAUGUGAAAAAUUUUGUCAAUGACGAAGUAUCUGAACGGUAUAUGCUAAAUUUUGUGUUAUCGAAAAUUCCUACUUUUAAAUGGUGCUUAAAUCCAACAUGUGGAUCGGGACAAGACCAUUAUCAAGGAGAUGACGUUCCGAUAAUGAUUUGUAAUACAUGUGGUCAGAAAACAUGUAUCGUGCAUGGAAUCCAAAUUGAAAUUGAAUGUGAGCAAUGUCGACAACUGCAAGAAAUAGAUAUAAAAAUAGAUUGUAUAAUAUGCGCUGAGAGUGUUAAUAUCGAAGCCUUUUUGGAUAUUACUGAUCAGUGUAAACACAACCAUAAUAUAUGUCGUGAAUGUAUGGGAGAAUACAUCAAGCACGAACUCGAAGAUAAUGGAAAUUUUAAAAUCACAUGUCCAGAAGAUGGAUGUAACGAAAUUUUGAAUCAAAAAGAUAUAAAAAAAUUCGCAAGUGAGGAGACAUUUAAACGGUAUGAAAGAUUCUCGCUAAAUUUUGUAUUAUCUCAAAUUCCUACUUUUCAAUGGUGCUUAAAUCAGAAUUGUGGAUCAGGGCAGGACCAUUAUCAAGAAGACGUUCCGAUAAUGAUUUGCAAUUCGUGUGGACAGAAAUCCUGUGUUGUACAUGGACUUCCAAUUGAGAUUGAGUGCGAAAAAUGCAGCGAACAGGAAGAAGAACGCAAACAAAAAGAGGAAGAAGAACGCAGACAAAGAGAGGAGGAAGAAUGCAGACUAAGAGAGGAAGAAGAACGUCAACAAAGAGAAGAGGAAGAGCGCAGAAAACAGGAGGAAGAAGAACGUAGGCAAAGAGAAGAAGAAGAACUUAGGCAAAGGGAAGAAGAAGAGCGUAGGCGAAGGGAAGAAGAAGAACGUAGGCGAAGGGAAGAAGAAGAACGUAGGCGAAGAGAGGAGGAAGAACGUAGGCGAAGGGAAGAAGAAGAACGUAGGCGAAGAGAGGAAGAAGAACGUAGGCAAAGGGAAGAAGAAGAACGUAGGCGAAAGGAAGAAGAAGAACGUAGGCGAAGGGAAGAAGAAGAACGUAGGAGAAGGGAAGAAGAACGUAGGCGGCAGGAGGAAGAGCAAAGAAGAUUAGCAUCACUUCAAAAUGAUGAAAGUGCAUCCGAAUCCUACGUGACUCAACUAAAGCAAUGCCCAAACUGUAGGGUUAGAAUUGAGAAAAAUGGUGGAUGUGAUCAUAUGUCCUGUAGAUGUGGACAUCAAUUUAAUUGGAGUAGC